GUGGUGAUGCCAUCUGUCGGCGUGUUGGGGAGUUAGCUGCCACAACAAACACAGGUCAUUCUCCCUCACUCCCUCCAUCACUUCUCCCUGGUUCUCCCUCACCAUGGCCUCCAAGAACCUCACUCACAUCUUCAUGAUCAUGAGGGACAAGGCCAUCCAGAGGAGGAACAUGUACAAGCGUGUGGAGGAAGGGCCCUUUGGGUGGAAAAGGGGGAAUGGAUUUUCCGACUGGGCAGGGAUGGUAGAGGAAGUUCAGUACAAUAUCAUCACACUGAAAGAAAAGACAAAGCGAGUGGCAGCCCUGCAGAGCUACUUGGUAAGGCGGCCUUCACUGGAUGACAAUACAGAGGAAGAACGGCAGUUGACGGCACACAACAAUGAAAUUAGACGGACGCUGGAGAGAUGUCAGAUGCUGAUGAUACAGAUCAAGCACAGUGGUGGACAAGGACGAGAAGAAACGCUCAACAAAAAUGUUGUCCGAGCCUUAGGGUUUGCCUUACAGGAAGUGAAAAAUGAGUUUGUUACAACUUGUUCCGCAUUUACUACUUCUAUGAACAACAUAAAGAAAACCAGUUCCUUUGUUCAUGAAGGUGGUGGUGAUUAUGACAGUGAUUAUGGAACAUUUGAGGGAGGAUCCAACUCUAGUCAGAGUCAAGCAUGGACACAGGAGCAGCUCAUGUUUCUGGCUGACAACACUGUUCAAGUGCAAGAAAGGGACAAAGCUGUUCAGCACAUACUGCAGUCCACAGUCCAGCUUAACCAACUGUUCCGAGAUGUAGCACAACUUGUAGCAGAGCAGGGAACUAUCUUAGAUCGAAUAGACUUCAACAUAGAACAUGCAGCUAUUAAAGUGGAAGAUGGAGCAAAACAGCUGAAGAAAGCAGAACAUUAUCAACGCAAGAAUCGUAAUAUGAAGUGCAUUUAGGUCUAUCUGGCACUAUCAUUUUUCUUAUUGUUCUACUUAUAAUUGUCAAAACCUAACAAUAAUAUGAAUUUUAACUAUAUAUAUAGCUUUAUUUAUUUUUCUUAAGAACACUAUU